UAUUAUAAAACCAACAUUUCAGGUUACAGUACUGUACAUCUAAUAACAUUUUUGGAUCUUAGUGUGUGGUUGUCUUCCCUUUGAUAUAUGCCAUUACCAUGACCAGCAUCUAGUUUUUGGUUGGCAUUCACCUGACAAAUCUACAUGUUCCCACAAGCUCAGAUUAUUCACAGCAUCGAUAUCUGUAACUGUAAUUAUGUAUAUCACACUCAUUUACACUGCUGUAUCAUUUAAAUUAAUCUGUUAAAGGUAAAACUGAAAUACUGAGCUACUAUAAAUUUAUCAGGUUUAUUGUAGGCAGGUUGCUGUUGCAUAUUUUCACCAUGAAACCUUAUUACAAGAUAAACAAAAUGACUCUUUAAGAGUUCCUCUGAGUUCUGCAAAUUAAAAACCUUAACCAACCAGAAUGACUGGCUUUGUAUUUAAAAUGAUCGCUGGCUUUGAGAUGACUGUAUAUUAAAAUGAGGAAAAGACAUGUUAUAUAAGCAGCAAAGAUCAGUUUGCAGUAUUUUGGAAUCAUAACAGAAACACACAAUGGACGAAGUUCUUGAUCUUGACAUGAACAAAGAAAGAAGGAAAAGAGAGAAUCAGAGAGGGGAUGGAGACAGAGGACGAUGGGCCAGUAAAACAGAAUAUAUUCUGGUUGUUGCAGGAAAUGUGGUUGGCCUGGGCAAUGUUUGGAGAUUUCCUUACCUCUGCUACAAGAACGGAGGAGGUGCCUUUCUGGUGCCAUAUGGUCUGUUAGCUGUGGUGGUUGGGAUACCUCUGUUCCUACUGGAGAGUUCAGUUGGUCAGUACACCCAGGAAGGAUUCAUCACCUGUUGGAGGAAAUUGUGUCCGCUGGCACAAGGAAUUGGAUAUGGAUAUUUUGUGUUGAAAUUUUAUGACUUCAUCUACAUUAUUAUCCAAGUCUGGGCUCUCUUCUACCUGGUGUUCUCAUUCAGAUCCCAGCUCCCCUGGGCCACAUGUGACAACACCUGGAAUACAGUGAACUGUGUGGGUCUUCAGACUUUGGAUUCUAUGUCGCCAAAUGUGACUAUAAAUCAGACCAUGUUGACCAACACCACCUCUGCUGCCAUUGAGUUCUGGGAACAGAGGGUGCUGGCCAUGUCUGGAGGCAUUGAGGAGCUGGGCAGUGUGAGAUGGGAGCUGGCUUUGUGUCUCUUGGCCUGCUGGGUGUUCACGUACUUCAGUAUCUGGAAAAGUGUCAGAUCCUCUGCAAAGGUAGCAUACUUCACUGCCACCUUCCCCUACGUGAUGCUCCUGAUAUUGCUCAUCAGGGGAUUGACUCUGCCUGGAGCUUGGGAAGGGAUCUACUACUACCUGUAUCCAGAUUUGAACAGCCUGGCUAACCUUGAGGUCUGGAUGGAGGCAGGAUCUCAAAUAUGCUUCUCCUACAGCCUGACCGCAGGAACUCUCAAUGUUUUGAGCAGCUAUAAUGACUACAAGAACAACUGCUACAAGGACUGUUUCUGGCUCUGUCUGCUGAACAGUGGGACCAGUUUUGUUGCUGGAUUUGUCGUCUUCUCUGUACUUGGAUUCAUGGCUCAGAAACAGGGUGUUACUGUCGACGCUGUGGCUGAGUCUGGUCCAGGUUUGGCCUUCAUUGCUUACCCACAGGCAACAGCUUUGAUGCCUUUACCACAGCUCUGGACUGUCUGCUUUUUCCUGAUGAUGAUUUUCCUCAGUGUUGACACACAUUUUGUGACAGUUGAGUGUUUUGUCACCUCAGUAAGGGACUUGUUUCCGAAGCUGUUUCAUAAACCAGGAAGACAUGAGAUCUUUGUCCUCAUCAUUUGUUCAUCCUUCUUCUUCAUACAUCUGACUUUGGUCACUGAGGGAGGGAUUUACAUAUUCCAGCUUACUGAUUAUUAUGGUUGUACUGAAGCUUUUCAUUAUUUCAUGGCUUUUGAGUGUCUGGCUCUGGCUUGGGGUUUUGGUGCUGACCGUGUUAUUAACAUCAUUGAGGACAUGACUGGACACAGACCAUCUGUGUUCUUCAAAGUGUGCUGGAGAUACAUCAUUCCUCUGCUGUCACUGAUUUUCCUUAUCAUGUACCUGGUUGGUUACACACACCUCAGGAUUAACGACAGCUACGUUUACCCCGACUGGGCCUAUGCUCUAGGCUGGACCAUGACACUCUCCUCUGUUCUCAUGGUGCCACUGUGGGCAGCUGGACAGAUGUGUUGGACAGCAGGCACCUUCAGACAGCGUUUGUCUGUCCUUUGUCAUCCCGUUGAAGAUCCAGUCUCACAGAGGAGAAAAAUGGAAGAGGAUGGGAUACAUGUGGAGCUGAGGACGUCUGCAGAGACAUCUUAGUCACAUCAGCUAGACACUUCAUCUGUCAUUGGUUAAACUUAUUGUAUUCAGUGUGGCUAAAAUGUAUUUAAAGACAGAUUUUUGUGCUGAAAUUAUUAGUUGAUGAAAUGAUGGAUCGUCUAAAUGUAUCAUUUAAGUCAAAUGAUUUUUGCUUGUUCCAGCAUCUUAAAUGUGAGGAUUUGCAGCUUUUGUCAGCUGUGAAUAAUUAAAAGAUGUUGGGUUCUACAUUUGUAACCAUCACGUCACUGGUUUCAGAACAUGUUGCCAAAGGACUGCAGCUGAAAAUUAGCCAGGUGGCUAACACUGGCACAUUUACAGAAAUGUUGAUUCAUGUCUUAUAA